UCCCAGAUACCAUAUCAUGAAGGUGAAAACAUUGGAUUAACGUUUGUUGAAGUGAAUAUCAUGGCUAGGCAGUUGGGUGCAGUGCACUCCUCGAUGAGAAGUCUGCGACUACUUGCGUUGAAGGCAGUCGGUGUAUUCACCAAAUUUUCUGAUGAGACUGGGUUCAAGAUUCACUUCUUCAUCUUGUUUCUCGCAGCCUUGUCACAACACUCACUGCCUGCAUUUCUUCGACGGCUCUAAGGUAGAUUUCCUUCCUCACUCGCCACCUCAUUUCCUUCCUGAACCACCACCAUCUUUCCUACUCGAUCAACAUCGUUGUCCAUCAUUGAUCACCACCACCCCUCCUGCUUAGAUCAUCGCCAUCUGUGGAUGUAAGCAGCGGGCGACAGCGACGGACUCACCCAUUGUCAACAGUGGCGACCGUGCCUGCAGCAGUGUUGUGCACCCACAGGGAGCGGAAAUCACCAUGUCUCCUUCCUCGUAUCAUUGCACCGGUGACGAUAUAUUACGCCUUAUUUGCAGCAUGGCUUCUCUUUCGAUCGACGACGGGCCUCCGUCUGCGGGAACAGACUCAACAGCGGUCGACUGGGACACGUUGCCUGCCGAGGUCAUCGACAACGUCUUCGAUCGUUUGACAGUAGACGACUUGAAAACCUGUCGCCUUGUCAACAAACGCACCAGCUCUCUCGCAACCCCAGGAGUAUUCCGCAAGGUCCAUCUUUCUCGGAAUAUGAGAAGCCUCAAGAACCUAGAGAGCAUCGCAUACCAUUCCCAGCUCGGACACCACGUACAUUGCCUGGUUUGGCAUAGGUAUGGACUGAUGGACUUGGCUGAAGAUCGCACAGAUCCAGUUUGGUCACAAGAACACAAACUGCUUCAAGCAUCUGACCCCGACGAGGAGUCUCCCAGAAUGCUUCAGUUCCAGGAAACUUACGGAAGAGAGCUCAUGGACCAGCAUGCUUUCAGAGAGUACUCGUAUAGUUCUUGAAACCUUUGCCAACUUCUUUCGAGUUUGGAAUGUCUGAGGGACUUGAUAUACACCUGCGACGUGGAUAUAACAUAUUCUGCACAGCCGUUGUUUCCCGAA